GACUUCCUGAGCUGACCGAGUUUUUCAUUCAACAAUGAAACUUUAGCGGACAAUGAUCGAAUUGUGAAAUUUCAUGUGAGGUUUUGGUUUAAAAGAAGAAAUGGAGUGUUUUAUAUCGCUGCCGAAUUCAACAGUGUUUGAUAUAGUGGUAAAUUCCAAAGGAAAGGGCCAGCAAUGCAUGGAUACGAUAUGUAAGCACCUAGGUAUUGUGGAACAGGACUACUUUGGUCUGCAGUAUCGCAGCAGUAAAGGAGAGAACCUUUGGUUGAACCUAAGAAACAAGCUUGACCGUCAAUUAUUGGGGCCGGCACCAUAUCGGCUCCAGUUUCGAGUAAAAUUCUACAUUCAACCACACAACCUUCAGCAACCUGGCACAAAGCAGCUGUUUUAUGACCAAGUAAAGCUUGACUUUGAGCAUCAAAAACUUGUCCCUGAGUCAGAGGACCAAGCCAAGCAGCUGGUAGCGCUGAUUUCCCAGGCUGACCAUGGGAUGUUUGAACGACGGACACACCAAUUGAACAUGUACAAGUGUGUGCUGGGCCUUGUAGCGAGAGACUUUGACCCAGCCCAUGAUUUUAUCCACAGUAUACUGGACACCCACAUACAGCUGGGGGACCUCAGCAAGGAAUCAGCUCAGUACCAGGUGUUACAGCUCGCAGCUGGGCUGCAGAAUUAUGGAAUGGAGUUUCACGAAUCAUCCUCAGAUUCCGAUGUUACCCAGGUUGGGAUUGGGCCUGUUGGGGUGGUGCUUUUCAACAGCAAUAUGGAUGUUGUAGAAAGGUUGACGUACCCUACAAUCCAUAAGGCUGAACACAAUGGCAAGGUGAACACGCUGAAGCUGUUGAACGACAAUGGGACAUCACGGGACCUGGAGUUCAGACACACGUCUCAGAACACAGCUAACUCCAUGUACAGAUGCAUCACGGAGAUGCACUCAUUCUUUUGGUGCGAUACAGUACACACAGAGGUCUCCACCCAGUUCUGUCGUGAUCUCAAAGGAACGCUGGCCUCAAUAUUCUAUGAAAAGACUAAACUUGGGCUGGACUAUGUGUUUGACAUACAGCGAACAUCUCGCGAGGCCCUGGAUCACACCCGUAGGGCACUGUACCAGGCGAGCCUCACCCAGGAAGAACAGGAGGAGGCCCAGAUUGAGGAUGUGGACAACUCUGAUUGUGAUAUACACACACCGGGCGCUGAAGAGAGGUGCCAUGUUCUUGAGGAGACAAUUGUGCGAAUAAGUGAGACAUACACGUGCUGCGUGUGUCGUGACAAUGAGCUGUCUGCUGUCCUUGUACCCUGCGGACACCCAACGUGUUACGACUGUGCUAAACAGCUUACUGACUGCCCUAUGUGUAGAAGGAAGAUCGACAGUGUGCAGAGACUGUUUCUGCCUGCGAUUCAAUGUGAGGGGGCAAUGUGCGCAAGCAGUGUGUCCCUGAAAACAGCAAAAAGUCCCCUUCACUCCCAUAGACUGUGUCAGAAACGGAAACGGGAUCAGUCAGUGGACUCCACCUCUAGGCCGAAGACAUGACACCGGGUCAUGUGCCUCUGGUAGGGGGAGUGUCGGAGAUGGGACAGGGUGAGGGCCAUUGCAAUGCAUAAACUGAUGGAUGCCAUGAAUGUGUAAUAUAUGGACUGAAAAAUGGGAUGCUUUGGUGAAAGCAAAAAAAAACCAUGUUUUUUCUUAACCGUUUCAUUUUCAUGUUUACAAAUGAGAUGAUUUUAGAUUGAGUUGUAACUGUUGUUUUGUGUUUAUAUGGUUACAAGCAAUAUUUCCAUUUAUUUAUUGUACAAAAAACAACACAAUUUCAUCAUGUCUUUAUUCAUAUUGCCCUUCUUUUAGAUGAAAGCAAUUUCUUACAGUUGCCUUCAUAUUCCAAUGAACGCAACAUGUUCGCAAUAGAAUGGUAGUAUGGAAUUGAUGCUAGUGAAUGGUCAAAAUGUAUGUGACAUCAAUAAAACGAGAGCCAUUAUUGGCAAAAGACAUUUUCAAAUAGCUGAAAUUAAUUUAUGCUCUGUUCAAUUGUCUUUGAAGUGUUAUUUUUCAACGUUUUAGUUGAAAUACCUCACUUUUGUUUUUAAUUUAUUGAGUGUAAAUAUAAACAUUGCAUAUUUCAGAGUUUCAGUUCAUCUACAGUGUAUGAAAACAUUUUCUCAGUGCAUGGAUGAUGGUUACAAACCAUACCUUGCCCAAAUAUUUUCAUACAUGAAUGACGUUCAUACCCUCAUUAGUCUUAUUUUGUGUUCCAGUAUGCGGUCAUUUCACUGACCGUAUGUAUGUAACAUUGAACUUGGCAUACUUGGACACGAAAAUAACUAUUUAUUUUUAUGUGCACAUAUUUUGAUUUCUGAAGUUAUAUUUUUGUAUACAUGAACACUAACAUGUCUGUAUAUAUAUAUGUAUACAUGGUGAGUGCAAUAGUUUUGUGGUACAUGUAAGUUUAGUUUAGUGUUGUAUUAUCAUUAAUAAUAUGCCAAUUUCUUGCCACUGUGACGGUCAUAUAGGAUUUUAACUCGACAAUAUUUAUCCAGAUAAAAAUAUGUGGUAGGGUACCCUCUUUUGGUAGCACCCUAUAUUGAAACCUUAACUGACUUAGCACAAUUUCUCACAUUUUCUAUCCAAUUCAUAAUAUUUAGUUCUUGACCAGUUUCACAUUUAACAUAAAGUAAGAUCUACCUGUCUUUGGCAUAAACUGCCAUAAAAAAUAUCACAAUUUCAUUUAUCACAGUGUUCCAGAGCACUUUAAUGCAGGGUAAGGUUUAUGCAUUAGAUAUCUUAUUAAACAGGGCCAUGUCCCUUUCCUACAAUAUUCUACUCUUUAAGCUAUAUUUAUAACAAACAAAUACAAUCAUGUAUGUAGACUGAUCAGAGAUCUGUUAAAUUUCCUACAUGAUGAAUAUUUGCAAAUGAGGGUAUACAUGUACAUUGUAACUGUCUUAAAUCCAUUGACUGUCACGGGCAGGGUGAACGGGUGGUGUUAGGGGUCUCAGGAAGAUUGAUGUAGCUGGUGAUAAAUGGGGUGGGGGAGGGAGGGGGGCGGUUGGGCUUGGCUUGGGGUAAGGAAAGAUAAAUGAGCAGGGUUUUUUUAAAACGGCAGUAGUGGGUUUGGUGAAUCGAAAAAUGAUAUUUGUGAUAUUUGGUGCUGAUGUAUUGUGACAUGUCCAUUGUUUUUUUUUAUGUUGUUUUUUUACCAUUUUCAUUCUUACAUUCAUUAUCAUAAAAUAAGAAAAAUAAAAACAAAUGUAAAUAGUGUUCAUUGGGUCAAAAUAAUGGCUUGUUCAUGCUGUAAAUAUCUCAUUUUCAUUUUGUUUUGGAUUUGUUGUUUUGCAUUUUUAUUGUUCAACAGUCAUAUACUUAUGUUAAUUAAUGAUUAUCAAUCAAACUGUUUGUGAAUCACAGUUUUCAACUGUCAAAAGACAGGCAGAUUUUACUAGACUGAAAAACUUCUGAUAUGCAAUUUUAAGAUUUUUCUCUUGUCUGCAUAAAGAUAUACAAAUGAUGUCAUUUAACCUGACAUUGUUGAAUAAUGUGGCAUCAGUUUGAAAUGAAGUCAUCAUUAUUAUUAGCUGAGAAUAUGAUACAUGUAUAUUAAAAAUAACCAUUUAAGUCAAGUGUUUAAAUCCUAUACAUGUUGUUUUAUAAGGUUCAUCAAGUAGGUAUAAGUGCAUUUUGUUGAAAAUGGCUGCCAUAAUCAUUAUUAUUGGAUGAUGUAGAUUGGUGCAAUAGGGAGAGAAAUGGUUCCAUUUUAAAAUAGAUUGUCAGUCAUUGUCCUCACAUUUUGUGCAUGUGUAAUACAACUAAUAUCCUAUUCUUAGAAUACAAUCAUUUGUUUUCAUCCAUUUCCAUAAUAUGUACUACUUUGUCUAUAUGUUGGCCAAGGUUUUCUUAGGUUAUGUACAUGGAUGAGAUCAGCCCAUGCCCCAUUUUCUCACAACUUUUCAGCUUAACAUGGUUAAUCGAUUUUGAUAAAUGAAAAAGGAUCUAUUAUGAUAAUAAUUCAAAAUAAUUCCAAUUUAAAUUCAUUUUUUUUUAAAGAAGUAAAUUAAACAUUGCAUACAAAAAGUAAAAAUAGUGAGCUCAGCUUUAUCCUGUUAUAAGGGACUUCCGAAGAUAAAUUAGAGCUAUAUUUUCAAAUCCGAACAUUUUUUUGAGUACCGUAUAAGGGAUUCUGGUCCAAAGCAUUUUUUUGGACUAAAAGAACCCGGUUUAAUUUGUUCUCAAGGCCUUUUAAAACAUCAAAAGAUGUAUAUUUUGCUUGAAAUCUGAUAUGGUUAGUAUGAACAUGAUCAAGUUUACGUUAGUGACUGAAUCUUGAGGCAAAGAUUUUUUUUCAAAAUGCCAAAUGAUUUAGAUCUAAGAAUUCCAGCUGUACACACAUUCCUGUCAGUUGUGUAUGAUCGUGAAGCACUCUCACAGGGUAUUUUCUUUUUAGAGUGAUUCAGUUUUUGAAGUAUUGAUGAUUGUUCAAAUUUCACAAGGUAUUUAUGUUUACAAGUUUUCGAGAUUCAUUAAAACCUUGGGAUAUACACACUGUUUCCAAAACCAGAAAAUGUGAAAAAAUACCUUGUGAAAUGAUAGCAAUGUACAGUAUUUGUUAUAUGUUGCCUUUUUGCAAUAUUGUGCAAUAUGCUCUCUCAGACUAUGUACAGAUCACAUUGCCAGCAAUAAGCAUAAACAACCCUUAACUUCGCUUCUCGUAUCAAACGUUUUUGAAGGAGAUGUGUCUAACAUACGUGGUUAUUUUCAGUAAGAAUAUUUGUAGUAUAAUUUUGACAAAAUCUUUCACUACACAUCAAACAGUUUCAAAUGACGCCAGAAUGAUAUUGGGUCACCUGACAUCCCAAGUUUAUAUACUUGUACAAAUAAUUUAUAGGUCCUAAUUUAUAGGUCCGGGAUAUAAGUAUUUGUUUUCUUCAAUUCACUGAAGCUUUAUAGCUACUCAUAAGAGUUCAAUGAAUCUGUUGUGUAUUGCAUUGAACUUGCAGAACUUCAAUAAUUAUUUUUGUAUAGGCCUUGAGCCUUCAUGUAGUUAUAUUUUAUUUUUUAAUACUGAAAUGUAUGCCAAGUGCUGGUCCACUUGUACAGUCAUACUGUAUAUAGGCGUUACUGAUCUGCUAUCAUUCAACAGGUGUAUUUGUUAUAUACGCAUUCUCAGAUGGUAGAUCUAACAAUCGAUCGAAGGGAUCAAUAUCCUGGUCAAGAAUUUUGUUAGGUGUAUUGAUAUUUAAAACAAUUUGAAAGCAAAAUUUGUUUAUUGGUGGCAAUUGUCUCACUGUUUCUCUCAUUUAUACAUGUUUGUUAUCAUGCGAAUCUGAAGAGAUAUAUUUUGUGAAUAAAAGUGAAAUAAAAAAGAAACAAACACA